AUGGACAUGAAAACAUUCGCUAUAUUUUUAUUGAUUUUUCUACAUUCGUCUUUUGGAAAAUACGAACAAUAUGAGGGAUACACGGUUUACGGAGUUGUUAUCCGCAACCAGGAUGAUGUUAAUUUAAUACGCGAGCUUGAGAAUGAAUUAGACCUAGACAUCUGGCGAGCUGGAAUGCCUGGGGUCAGGCAUGCUGAUAUCAUGGUCGGACCUAAGCAAAGCGAGAUUGCGAUUAAAAAAUUUGACGAAGAUCUCAUUCAGUGGACAAGAAACCGCCAGAAUGUGGAAGUUUACAAUAAAUACGCGAGAUUAGCGGAGAUUGAUGCGUACAUGGAAAGGUUGGCGCGGGAAUAUCCAGAUAUUGUUAAAGUAGUAACAGCUGGAUUGAGCUUUGAAGGGCGCCCAAUGAAAUACUUAAAGAUAUCAACCACAAACUUCGAGGACCCAAACAAACCGAUAUAUUUUAUGGACGCAGCGAUGCAUGCCAGGGAGUGGGUGACUACGCCAGUUGCUCUGUACACCAUACAUCGUCUUGUGGAGGGUUUGCAGGAUGAAGACCGAGAUCUGAGGGAUAAUGUUGACUGGAUCAUACUUCCUGACCGUAUGUGGCGCCAAAGCCGCUCUUUCAACCCAGAAAUUCACGAGGAAUGCCGUGGCGUCGACCUGAAUCGUAACUUCGAUAUUUUCUUCAUGGAGAUCAACGCUUCCAACAACCCUUGUUCCAACAUUCCACCUAAGUACUUACCUCAAAUAAAUUUGGAGACCUGGUCUGGUAUAGCGGAGACUGCAAGACUUGCUUCACUAUUCUAUAGAGUGAGACGUUGA